AUGAAAUUAGGAUAUAAUGAAAUAAUGAUAGUAUCAAUGUACUUUAAUGAUAUUAAUGAUUUUAUUAAUUUAGAAAUAGGAAUUAAAAGAUUUCAAGGAAAUAUUGAACGAUUUCAUUUUAAUCCAAUUCCAUUAGAUUAUUAUUCAAGAAAAUUAUUUACUAAUAUUGAAACAUUUCAUAUUUAUAAUAGAAGUGAUAGAGUGUUUAAUGAUGGAAGAAUAAAUAAAAAAGUAAUAUGGUAUACAGUAAAUUAUUCAACAUAUUUAAAAGAAAAAGAACAAGGAAGUAUAUGUAAAAGUAUUGCAUAUACAAAUGAAGACAGAAAGAAAUGCGGAGGCAUGAUACCACCAGAAGUUACAAUUAUUGGAAAUAAAUGCUUUAGUGAAUGUCCAACACUAAAAUCAAUUAAUAUACCAACAUUAGUUAAAGAAUUAGGAGAUGAUUGUUUUGAAAGAUGUACGUCAUUAACAUCAAUUACUAUUCCAUCAUCAAUUAGUAAAUUAGGAGAAUGUUGUUUUGAAUACUGUUCAUCGUUAACGUCAAUUAGCAUACCACUGACAGUUAAUGAAAUAGGGUUGCAAUGUUUUAGAGAAUGCACAUCAUUGACAUCGAUUAAUAUAGAAAAGAUACAAUUUAUUAGUGAAGAUAUUUGUGAAUUAGGUGAUGAAUGUUUUAGUGGAUGUUCAUCAUUGGUAUCAAUUAAUAUUCCAUCAUCAAUUAGUGAAAUAGGAAGGGAUUGUUUUUAUAAUUGUAACUUAUUGACAUCGAUCAAACUACCAUUAUCUUUAACUAAAAUAGGAGACCAUUGUUUUGCUAAAUGUAAUUCAUUAAAAUCAAUUAAUAUACCAUCAGGUGUUAGUAAAUUAGGUGAUAAUUGUUUCAGUUGGUGUACAUCAUUAACGUCAAUUACUCUUCCGUCAUCAGUUAGUGAAUUGGGCGAUUUGUGUUUUUAUGAUUGUUCAUCAUUAACAUCAAUUAGUAUCCCAUCAUCAAUCACUAAAUUAGGAAUUAGAUGUUUUGAGUUUUGUUCAUCAUUGAGAAGAAUUAAUAUACCAACAUCAAUUAGUUCAUUUGGAAAAUCUUGUUUUUAUGAAUGUGGGUCUACAACUAAGUUAAAGAAGAAUAAAAGAAUACCUGAAGAAUCUUUUCAAAGUUCAGAAGAUGUGUGCACAGCACAACUACAACAAAUGGAUUGUAUUGUAGUUUGA